GAAACUAGGCGAUGAUGUUAAUUUCACGUAGUCAUCUGUAAUCACCCAAUCAUGUCUAAGAUAGGACUUAGAGCGUGUCCACGUCUAUCCCGUACACGGAUUUUAGUUAUUUUAUGCAUCUUUCCUUUAGUAACGUUUUUUCUCUCAGCGAUCGUGCCUUUCAGGACAGCGGGGUCAUUUUCUCGGCGGCGAGAUAGCGGAAUACUGAAUACAGACGAUCACAGACGACUUCUAGCAAACGCAAUCAUCCACAAUUCGUCGGCGAUUGUCUCCGCUUCUAACAUUACUUUCGCGUUACCAUCUCCCGCGAGAAGGAAUCAACUUAAAGGUGUAAUAGAUGAUGAAAAUAUUGAAGAAAUGGAGGAUGAUGCUGAAAUUAAUAUGACAGAGAUAGAAGAGAAAAUCAGGAUAUCAAUGCAAAGACCGUGGAAAUUUAACAGCACUUUACUUACAAAUGAAAGGAGACAAAUGCAGAGGUAUUUUGAUCCACAUGGUGUGAUAAGCCUCACCAAAAAAGACGUCAAUAUCGGGUCUACCAUUCAUUUCCACUAUUCCCAUGCCCGCUAUAUAUUUGCUGUGCCCCGGACCAUGUAUAACAUCCUGCCUGAACAGAAACACUUCCAGAGUCAACAGUUUGACACCUGCGCUGUUGUCGGCAACGGUGGGAUUAUGUUGCAUAGCAACUGUGGUGAUGAGAUUGACAAGCACGACUUUAUUAUAAGAUGUAACUUUCCAGAAGUUAGUGGUUUUGAGAAAGAUGUCGGCCAGCGAACUGACUUACUGACCUUUAACCCAAGCAUUCUGGACAAGAAGUAUGAACGUUUAUUUACGGUCACAACGAGAAUGAAGUUUCAGUCAGAUUUACAGCGAUUUGGACGCGUCAUUUUAUGGGUGCCAGCAUUUGCUCAUCAUCAUUCAAUUCCAACAUUCAGAAUAUUGUUGGACUACUUAGAUGAGGUGUGGGAACUUAAUAAAAAUUUACAAGUUGCUAUUCCCGGUGAAUUCCUAGAUGGCAUGUUCAGGUAUUGGGAAACCAAGGGGAUAACAGAAAGGCGCUUGUCUACUGGAUUGGUUAUGUAUUCUAUUGCGACGGGAAUCUGCCGAGAAGUACACUUGUACGGUUUUUAUCCUUUCAAAACGUACCACGGAACACAACUUUCAUACCACUAUGAUGAAAAUUUCCGAGAAAAAGACUAUGUGGAGAACAAGAAAUAUCACAAAAUGCCGACAGAAUUUGCAUAUUUCCAACAAAUGCAUGCACUUGGUGGCUUAAAGUUAACGAUCGGGGAGUGCAAUAACGACAAUUGAAUUCGCAAACUUUGUAACACACGUAGCUGUCAAGCACCUCAAUUGAAGUUUGUAAAAACAAAUGAUUUUCACAUUUGAACACAG